CAACUACAUAUCAUAAACUGCAAACAAAAUGACAACAAAGAUUGCAAUUGUUGGUGCUACUGGGGAAACGGGAGGGUCAAUUGUUGAUGGCCUCCUUGGAUCCGAAAGCCAAUUUGAAAUUACAGCUUUGGUGCGACCAAGCUCAGUUGAAAAGCCAGCGACUAUCACCCUAAAGGAAAGAGGCAUCAAAAUUGUGCCAAUCGAUCUGGGAGGAAACCAUGAUGAGCUGGUUGCUGCUCUCGAGGGAAUUGACACAGUCAUCUCGGCCAUUCAUUUUCAGUCACUUAAUGAUGAGAUUCCACUAUCCAAUGCAGCCAAGCGAGCUGGCGUGAAGCGAUAUGUCCCAUGCUUCUUCGCUACCAUUGCCCCUCGUGGUGUAAUGGGUAUUCGCGAUCGAAAGGAGGAAAUUCUUGACCAUAUUCAGCGGAUCUAUCUUCCUUACACUGUAAUUGAUAUAGGCUGGUGGUACCAGCUCACCCUGCCCCGAGUCCCAUCCGGCAAGCUCGAUGGCAGCCUCGUAUUCCCUAACAACAACAUCAUUGCGGGUGGUAACAACCCUUCUGCACUCACGGAUGUUCGCGACAUUGGAAAGUAUGUCGCAGCCAUCGUUAGCGAUCCAAGGACCAUCGACAAGAGAGUGUUGGCAUAUUCAGAGCUCAAAACGCAGAAUGAGAUCCACAAAUUGGUCGAGAAAGUGAUUGGCGAGAAGCCAGAGUCUACCAGUGUAAGUCUAUCAACUCGAAGCCUUGUGGAUAAAGUAUUGAGCUAUUGCAGAUGUCCAAGGAGCAGCUCGACGAACAGCUGGCCCCAUUCAAAGGCUACAAGGAACAUAGCCAGAUGCGUGGUAUCUACGAGUACUGGAUGUCUUGGGGCGUACGAGGCGACAACACGCCAGAAAAUGCCGUAUACCUUGGGUAUGUUCUUGCCAAGGACUUGUAUCCCUCGCUUCAAGGUCGCAGCCUGGAGGAGUUCAUCCAGGAUGCUGCCGAAGGAAGGGUCAAGAAAGUCUACCAGCAUUGAUAGUCGAGCUGUUUAUGCCUCUCGAAAGAAGCAGUAAGUAAUGUUGGCUAUUCAAGGCAAAAGUUUUGCGAGGCUCAAUAGGAUGCCAGUAUAAUACCAACAUAUUGAGAAUGCAAGACCUGAGAGAUUUAUGUCAGCAUGAGACCAGCUUGACACCACAUGUAGGGCCUUCUUGCAAGUGGUGAUUGUCAGAUAGACAAAAUUCACUCUGGAUGGGAUAUGGACUAAACUGCCUUGUAGGCUUGGAAUGGAGUAUUAUGCAGGUCAUCGUUCAGUUUGGAACAAGAAUCGAAUGUUCUGUGCCAUUGACUCCACAGAUUUGGUCCCUGAUCUCCUCGGUGAGUCGGUGAGUGAAACAUUCCGUGCAAGCCAGCGUCACAUCAAGCGCCUCGGAAUUGUUUGAGAUAUUAAAUAACGAAAUUGGUGUUAUGAUCCGCAAGUAGUACCUGCAAGACAUGGCACGAGGCGACUCGAGAAACUCGGUGAGUUCUUGCGUCCGGCUGCCCGUCAUCCCGCGUGCAUUGUUGAUAAAAGUUUGGUAAUCGUACCACUUCAAUUGGCUGUGAUCAAAUGUCCAAGACUCGAAAGAUGAUGGAUGACCUACAAGGGUUGAUGCCAGUUGUAAUCUCAUUAAAG